GAAUUAUUUUUCAAUAGUCGCAAUGGCGCCAAAAACAAUGAAAGCCAUCCACAUCCAACAGUACAACAAGCCAUACCAUGUCUCCGACGUGCCUGUCCCUCAACCAAAGCCGUACCAGGUGUUAGUGCGCAUCAAGGCCGCUGGCUUCUGUCAUACGGAUUUGAUGGCUUUGCAUAAGGAGUUUGGUACAAAGUUGCCAUUUAUAGGGUCACACGAACCUGCUGGGAUUGUUGAGGAAAUCGGUACCGAUGUGGAAGGCUUUGAGGUAGGGGAUCGGGUUGGUUGUAUCAAUUUUGAUAGUGUUUGUGGCAAAUGUCCGGACUGCAAAGCAGGCCUUCCGAUCUAUUGCGAUGCUCCGAAUAUGAAGGGUAUCACUGCAGAUGGGGCAUGGGCGGAAUAUAUGGUCGCUGAUGCUCGCUUCAUGGUAAAGCUACCGGACGACAUGGACUUCAAGGUGGCGGCUCCUUUGAUGUGUGCCGGAAUCAGCAUUUAUGGAGGGAUUGUGCGAGCGAAUGUGCCUAAAGGGGGUUCGAUUCGCAUUGUCGGAAUCGGUGGACUGGGCCAUAUUGGGACCCAAGUUGCUAAAUGCAUGGGCUACGAGGUAGCCGCAAUCGACAUCAAGCAGUCAGCUUUGGAUGCAGUUGCAACUUAUGAGCAUAAACCUGAUGUGCUCAUCCUGGCGACUGACCCAGUAGAGAAGUCUCAAGAGAAGAUCAACAAUGCUGUUUCUGGUGACUAUCCAGGUCUCGAUGCAACAGUGUUGGCUACUGAUCAUCCAUCUGCCUUUGAGUUGGCAGCAGCUCUCACUCGGAAGCACGGGACUAUGGUUCUCCUGGGUCAGCCUGAAAAGGGGAUAACCAUGUCAUACCAUACCACCAUUUACAAAGACAUCAAGCUGGUGGGGUCUUUGAUCGCGGAUACGGCCGACGCGGAGGCGUUUAUUCAGUUGUUCCACGAGAAUAAACUGCAUGUGCAAGUCAAAGAGUGGAUGUUGGAGCAAGCGGAGGAAAUGAGGCAAGAAUACCUGGCUGGGAAAUCGACUGGCAAAAAUGUUAUCGUGAUAGAUUGAAGCACCUAGCUGUGGGAAGUCGUAAAUAUGCUG